UUCUUUCCAAUUCUUUCGCCACGUGUGACGUGGACUGCUCGGUGAUUCUUGUUGUUUGCGGUUGUUUGUAUCGUAUUUGUAGGUUACUUUGCUAGAAAUUAUCUUAUAUAUCUUAUAUAUGUCCCAAAAUUAUAUCAUAAAUAUAUAUAUAGCACGUGAAUUUUGAAGUAUUUAUACAAUUGCUUUAUGGAUGCGAAAACGAUUUUGUGGUUUCAAAUAUGAUUAUUUUUCGUACCUGACAAUAAUUUAGAAGAUAACAGUAUUCUACUGAUACUCUAAUAAAUAUAAUAGAAGAAAAAUGUCAGAUGACCCGAGCUUGUAUAGAUUGGAGGGGACUGAUGGAAAUGAAGCAGGUGGUCUGGUCAUACGUAAGAAAACUUCAGAUCAUACUUUUAAGAAACCUUCCAUACUAGGUCUUGACAAGCUCGCAGAACGUAAAAGAAGGGAGCAGUCACAGGAACCUACCAGCUCAAAAUCCAACAAAGAGGGAAAAGAUAGAAGAUAUCGAUCUUACGAGGAGGAGACUCCUACUCAUACUGGAGGUGUCAAUUCUGAAGCUCAACGGAGAUUAGAGUCGCGGCUCAAGCGUCAACGAUUAAGUGCGGAUGAUAGAAAUUCUAGAAAUGAUAGAAAUUCAUAUAAAGGUCGCGACAGAGAUAGAGACAGAAGGAGGGAUCGGGACAGAGAGAGUCGGGGUAGAGAUAGUAGUAUAAGGCAAACGCCUCUUAGAUUCAAAGACGAGCCCCAAACGCCAAAAUUCCGGACGAAAGAUCCGACUUCUAAGAGCAAUUGGGAUGAUGACGAGGACGAAGAGCCGAAACGAUCGAGCUGGGAUCAUCCGACGCCUAAUCUAUAUGGCAACAGAGAUGGUCGCGACAGCGUCAGAAGUGAAUUUACUCCGUCCUACAAGUACAACUCGUGGAAUAAAGAUUUCAAGAGUUCCGGUACUACUCCAAUGAUAGAUGGAGAGGAGAAGGAACUGUGGGAAGAGGAACAGCAACGACUGGACAGAGAAUGGUACGCAUUAGACGAUGGAGAAAAUAAGGCUUUUGCCAAUGUAUCUGAAGAAUAUACGCGGAAAAAGGAAAUGGAGUUGGAGGCUAGGAGGCAGAAACGCCUUUCUGCUCAACAACGACAGAUAAACAAGGACAAUGAAUUAUGGGAGCGUAACCGUAUGUUGACAUCUGGAGUUGUGAGCUCAUUGGACCACGAUGACGAUCCUGACGAUGAAGGAGAGGCAAGAGUACACUUGCUAGUCCACAACGUAGUCCCACCGUUUCUGGACGGACGUAUCGUGUUUACAAAGCAACCGGAACCAGUCGUACCUGUCCGAGAUCCCACUUCCGACAUGGCUCUGGUAGCGAGGAAAGGUUCGGCGCUAGUCAAAGCUUAUCGUGAACAAAAGGAGAGACGUAGGGCGCAAAAGAAACAUUGGGAAUUGGCUGGUACACAUAUUGGCAACAUCAUGGGUGUACAUGAUCGACGUAAAGACGACAAGGAGCACGCAGGACAAGAAACAGACUUCAAGGCUGGGCAAAAAUAUGCUCGACAUAUAGGAUCGGGAGAAGUGACGGGGGAAGCUAGACACAGAUCUAUACAGCACCAAAGAAGAAGUCUUCCUGUGUUCGCAGUACGUCAAGAACUGCUGAACGUUAUCAGAGAGAACAGCGUCGUUGUAAUAGUAGGCGAAACUGGUAGCGGUAAAACUACACAAUUAACGCAGUAUCUUCACGAAGAUGGCUACAGUCGCCAUGGUAUAAUUGGUUGUACACAGCCUAGAAGGGUUGCUGCCAUGUCCGUUGCGAAAAGGGUAUCAGAUGAGAUGGCUACUGCUCUAGGUGACAAGGUCGGAUAUGCGAUACGUUUCGAAGACUGUACUUCAAAAGAUACAGUUAUCAAAUAUAUGACCGAUGGUAUUUUACUGAGAGAAAGUUUGAGAGAAGGAGAUUUGGAUCGUUACAGCGUGAUUAUAAUGGACGAAGCUCAUGAACGAUCGCUUUCCACCGACGUAUUAUUUGGUCUUCUUAGAGAGGUUGUUGCUAGACGACACGAUUUGAAGUUAAUUGUCACUUCCGCAACAAUGGACUCCAGCAAAUUCUCCGCUUUCUUUGGUAACGCGGCAACAUUCCAAAUACCUGGACGCACGUUCCCCGUCGAAGUGGUACAUGCGAAGAAUCCGGUCGAGGAUUAUGUGGACGCAGCUGUAAAACAGGUCCUUCAAAUUCAUUUACAGCCUAAAAGCGGCGAUGUAUUAGUCUUUAUGCCCGGUCAAGAAGACAUUGAAGUCACUUGCGAAGCUCUGAAGGAACGUUUAGCUGAAAUCGAAUCGGCUCCACCUCUUUCCAUACUGCCUAUUUAUUCACAACUACCAUCAGACUUGCAGGCAAAGAUUUUUCAACGAUCCGAAGGAGGUCUUCGCAAAUGCGUCGUAGCGACCAAUAUAGCGGAAACGUCGCUAACUGUUGAUGGAAUCGUCUUCGUUGUUGACUCGGGAUAUUGUAAGUUAAAAGUGUAUAAUCCUCGAAUAGGUAUGGAUGCUCUGCAAGUAUAUCCCGUGUCGAGAGCCAACGCUGAUCAAAGGCAAGGCAGAGCCGGUCGUACCGGUCCAGGUCAAUGUCACAGAUUGUACACGCGAAGACAAUACUUGGACGAAUUAUUACUAACGGGAGUUCCCGAGAUACAACGUACGAAUUUAGCUAACACAGUACUGCUAUUGAAAUCGCUGGGAGUUCAAGACUUAUUGGCAUUCCAUUUCAUGGAUCCACCGCCACAAGAUAACAUAUUGAACUCAUUAUAUCAGUUGUGGAUCUUGGGAGCGCUUGACCAUACCGGACGCUUGACUCCCUUAGGACGACAAAUGGCCGAGUUUCCUUUGGACCCACCGCAAUGUCAAAUGCUUAUAGUCGCAUCUCAACUCGGCUGUACCGCAGACAUCCUCAUUAUCGUCUCUAUGCUUUCGGUUCCAUCGAUCUUCUAUCGACCAAAGGGACGCGAAGAGGAUUCAGAUUCGGCACGCGAAAAAUUCCAGGUGCCAGAAUCAGAUCAUCUGACAUAUUUAAAUGUAUAUAAUCAGUGGAAAGCAAACGGUUACUCGAGUUCCUGGUGUAAUGAUCACUUCAUACAUGCGAAGGCGAUGCGCAAGGUACGGGAGGUACGGUCACAACUCGAAGAAAUUCUGAAGCAACAAAAGAUGGAUGUCGUUAGUUGCGGCACCGACUGGGACAUCGUACGGAAAUGUAUUUGCUCUGCCUACUUUCAUCAAGCAGCGCGCUUGAAGGGUAUCGGCGAGUACGUCAAUUGCCGUACCGGAAUGCCUUGCCAUCUGCAUCCUACUUCUGCGCUGUUCGGCAUGGGUUUCACACCUGACUAUGUUGUAUACCACGAACUUGUAAUGACCGCCAAGGAAUACAUGCAAUGCGUCACUGCGGUAGAUGGUCACUGGUUGGCUGAAUUGGGCCCAAUGUUCUUCAGUGUGAAAGAGACCGGUCGAAGCGGUCGUGCGAAACGACGACAAGCGAUGCAACAUCUCCAUGAGAUGGAGCAUCAAAUGAAGGAGGCCGAGGAAGAGAUGAAAGCACGCGCUCAAGAACAACUCGAACGAGAACAGGCGUCAGUCCGAAAGAAGGAGAUUUUAACGCCUGGUAUUAGAGAACCAGGUACCCCUGCUCCAUAUCGUAACACACCCGGAAGAUUAGGAUUGUAAUCGGUCUUUUUAUGUACAUUUUACAUUAGAAUAUUUGUUUAAUGUAAUAAGCAUUUCUUACUGUAAUACAAAAGUUAUUAUGUAUGAAAUGACAAAAAAAUAGACAUAAUUUGAAAAUUUAUCGCUGUAGCUACAGCAUCAGUGAUAAUAUUUUUAAUCUUAAUGAUCUUUGAAUUAUUUUUAUUAGGUUCCAUUUUUUGCAGCACAAACAAUACAUAAUUAUAAUGUACAAAUACACUAUCUUUAUUUUCAGAUUAGGUGACAAUUUUGAUUCUAAAAAUAAUAAAUAUAUGUAUAAGAAUUAAAAUUUUGUAGAUGAUUACCAAUAUUGUACAAAGUAUAUUACGUAUAUAAAAUAUUAUCAUUGGAUGUGAUAUGUGUAACACUUUUUGUAAAUAAAAUAAUUAUUUUAAUAUUGACAAAAUA